CCGGACAGAGGCAGACACCGGCUUAUAUGAGCGCGUAUUCUGCGUCUCAUCCUCCCCAGGGCUCAGUCCCUACCUUGUUGUGCUUGUUUCUAAUCGCCAAAAAGGGUAUAUACAACAUGUCUGGUGCUCCCGCCCCCGCUUCUGGUGCCCCCGCUCGCGGCUCUUUCGGCCGUGGCCGCGGCCGUGGCCGUGGUGCCCCCCGCAAGGCCAACCCCGAGGAGGCCGCUUGGGUCCCCGUUACCAAGCUCGGCCGCCUCGUGCACGAUGGCAAGAUCACCUCCCUGGACCAGAUCUUCCUGUUCUCCCUGCCCAUCAAGGAGUACCAGAUUGUCGAUGCCUUCUUCAAGGCUUCCCCCCUCAAGGAUGAGGUCAUGAAGAUCAUGCCCGUCCAGAAGCAGACCCGUGCCGGUCAGCGCACUCGCUUCAAGGCCUUCGUCGUCGUCGGUGACUCCAAGGGCCACGUCGGUCUCGGCUGGAAGUGCGCCAAGGAGGUUGCCACCGCCAUCCGUGGUGCCAUGAUCUCUGCCAAGCUCGCCAUCUCCCCGGUCCGCAUGGGCUACUGGGGUACCAAGCUCGGUGCCCCCCACACCGUCCCGGCCAAGGUCUCCUCCAAGGCCGGUUCCGUCAUGUGCCGCCUGAUCCCCGCCCCCCGUGGUGCUGGUCUCGUCGCCGCCGGUACCUCCAAGAAGGUCCUCCAGCUUGCCGGUAUCGAGGAUUGCUACACCUGCUCCACUGGUAAGACCCGCACUCUGGGUAACUUCGUCAAGGCCACCUUCGGUGCCAUCCAGAAGACCUACUCCUUCCUCACCCCCGACCUGUGGGUCGACCAGCCCCUCAUCAAGGCCCCGAACCAGCAGUUCUCCGACUACCUUGCCCAGAAGCACAACAAGGACAAGAAGUACUAAGCGUCUUCUCUUGCCCUCUUUGUCUUUCUGCUGUGGCGGUGGUAUGUGCGCGCCCUUGCGCGGCUUUCCUGCUCGUCACCCUCUCCACCGAGGCCUUGCCGUGGCACUGGAAGGGGCCUGAGAGAGAGAACCCCAUCUCUCUCCUCCUUCUCGGUGUGUGUGUGGCUGGCUCCUCUGUGGAUGGGGGGCGGGCAUGCGCGCAGCUGUGCGUGUGCGAGUCGAGGUGUCGGGGGGGGGGGCAUCCACGAGAGUGUCUGUCGUGUGUCAGCCUCUCUCGAGCUACCCCCCCCCCGUGUCCUUCUUCUGUUCCUCCUCCCGGUCGUCGGGGUGGGGUGGGAGAGGGCCCCUGUGUCUGCAGCGCCGCCCUCCAGGGCGGACCACGUGUUCCUCCCUGGUGUGUGUGUUUGCGCGCACACUCGAGCGCUCUCUCUGCCCCCUUUCCUCUCUCAGACAGACAAAUACAUUCUCCCUUUACCCAACAAA